AUGGCAUCACAAUUCAAAGAAACCCCAACCCCAAUAGAAGAAGAGAUUUCUUUGGACGAUCUGUUUGACCUCACCAUGAAAAAGAAGUGGAGCCAAGUUGAAACGGCUUACAAGCGAUAUCCCUCCACUCGCAGAGCCAAGCUCACUAAAUCAGAAGAGACAUCUUUACAUGUAGCCAUCUCUAGUUACCACUCUGAAUUACACAGCUCUGAUUGUGAAAAACAUAUUGUGGGAAUGAUCAACUCCAUAGGUGAUGAUUUCGAGAUAUUAUCAAUUAAGAAUGAUAAAGGAGACACUCCUCUCCACCUCGCAGCAGCAGUUGGAUGGCUAAGUAUCUGCGAGUACAUAGCUUUAAACGAUCACCUGGACUCUAGCGGUAAGAAUGCGUUGAUGUUGGCCGCUGAAAAUAGGCAAACCACUAUUUUUAAUUAUCUGGUGGAGAAGAAGCUCCCAGAAUUCGUUUUUCACCAAUUCGACGAUCAAGGAAACAGCAUUCUGCACCUUGCUGCAAUGCUGGGAGAACUCCAACCAUGGCUUAUUCCUGGUGCUGCUCUGCAGAUGCAAUGGGAGAUCAAAUGGUACAAGCAUGUUAAGCACUCGGUUCCACCAUUAAGCUUUGCUCACAACAACAAUAGGGGAGAGACCCCAAGGAAGAUCUUCAUACAGACACAUCGAAAGCUGGUCAAAGAAGGCACUAAUUGGCUUAUCAAAACAUCAGAGUCAUGUUCUGUAAUUGCUGCGCUCAUUGCCACUGUUGCAUUUGCUACCUCAGCCACAGUGCCUGGUGGAUUAAAAGAGGAUACUGGGCAUCCAGUUCUGGAAAACAAAACAGCAUUUGAUGUGUUUUCCGUCACAUCCCUAGUUGCUCUCACCCUCUCUGUCACAGCCCUUGUGUUUUUUCUUUCCAUCAAUACUUCAAGAUGGCAGGAACGUGAUUUCAAAUUAACAUUGCCAAGGAAGCUUUUGCUGGGCUUAAGUUCUCUCUUUGCAUCCAUUGUUGCUAUGUUGAUCUCAUUCUGUGCAGGGCAUACCUUUAUUCUCAGAGAGAAACUGAGAUAUGCAGCAGUUCCAAUAUAUGGUGUUGCUUUUAUACCAGUGGCAUUUUUUGCUCUUGUGCAGCUGCAACUAUGUUACGAUCUUCUAUGGUCUACAAUCAUAAAGGUGCCACUUAGAAGUUACAAGGCGUUCCAUGAUUAG